GAUUGUUCUCUUUUAGAUUUGAGUAUGACCACAGUUGAAGAAGAGUCUGACACAGUGACAGUAGAAACCGUGAAUUCUGUGACUCUGACGCAAGAUACUCAAGGCAACCUUAUUCUUCACUGCCCUCAGGAUGAGGCAGAUGAAAUAGAUUCUGAAGACAGCAUUGAACCUCCACAUAAAAGGCUUUGCUUAUCAUCAGAAGAUGAUCAGAGUAUUGACGGCAGCACUCCAUGUAUUUCUGUUGUUGCAGUUCCAAUUUCAGAAAGUGAUCAGAGCUUUGAGGUGACUAUGACUGCUACCACAGAGGUAGCUGACAAUGAGGUUAACGAAGGAACAGUUACUCAGAUUCAGAUUCUUCAGAAUGAGCAACUGGAUGAAAUCUCUUCUCUAGCCAAUGAAGAAGUAUCUGCAGUGAGUCAGGCCUGGUUUACAACCAAAGAGGACAAGGACUGCUUAACUAACAAAGGUCAUAAGUGGAAACAGGGAAUGUGGUCGAAGGAAGAAAUUGAGAUUUUGAUGAGUAACAUUGAGCGUUAUUUAAAGGCACGUGGAAUAAAAGAUGCCACUGAAAUCAUCUUUGAGAUGUCAAAAGAUGAAAGGAAAGAUUUCUACAGGACCAUUGCAUGGGGUUUGAACCGGCCUCUCUUUGCUGUUUAUAGACGAGUACUUCGCAUGUAUGAUGACCGAAACCACGUUGGCAAGUAUACUCCUGAAGAAAUUGAAAAGCUCAAAGAAUUAAGAAUAAAGCAUGGUAAUGACUGGGCAACAAUAGGAGCUGCUCUUGGUCGAAGCGCUUCGUCAGUAAAAGACCGGUGCAGGCUGAUGAAGGACACUUGCAACACAGGGAAAUGGACAGAAGAAGAAGAAAAGAGACUAGCAGAAGUUGUCCAUGAAUUAACUAGCACAGAGCCUGGGGACAUUGUCACGCAAGGGGUAUCUUGGGCUGCUGUGGCAGAACGUGUGGGAACCCGGUCAGAAAAGCAGUGCCGCUCCAAAUGGCUCAACUACCUGAACUGGAAGCAGAGUGGAGGCACUGAAUGGACGAAGGAAGAUGAAAUCAACCUGAUUCUUAGAAUAGCAGAGCUAGAAGUGUCUGAUGAAAAUGAUAUCAACUGGGAUUUGCUGGCCGAAGGCUGGAGUAGCGUGCGCUCCCCCCAGUGGCUUCGUAGUAAAUGGUGGACUAUCAAGAGGCAGAUCGCAAACCACAAAGAGGUUUCAUUCCCUGUUCUUAUAAAAGGUCUGAAACAACUUCAUGAAAGCCAAAAAAAUGCUCCAGGGCACCAACUUUCAGAGAGUAAGUCUUUACCUGGGUUGCCAAACUCUCAUUCUGGAUCUGGUGUUCAGCAUGUCCAGAUUCGAGUGGCUCGUUUGGAAGAAAAUUCGGGCAAUUCUCCUGGCCCCAUGGCAGCCCUACAGAUUCCAGUCCAGAUCACCCAUGUCUCUUCUGCCGAAUCCCCUGCUGCUUCUGUUGACUCUGAAACUAUAACACUAAAUAGUGGAACAUUACAGACCUUUGAGAUUUUGCCAUCUUUUCAUCUACAGCCAACUGGAACUCCAGGCACUUAUUUACUCCAGACUAGCUCAACCCAAGGCCUGCCUUUGACACUAACCACCAGCCCCACUGUGACUCUGACAGCUGCUGCGGCCCCAGCCUCACCAGACCAGAUCAUAGUCCAUGCCUUGUCCCCCGAGCACCUGCUGAACACGACUGAGAACGUUACAGUGCAGUGUCACGCACCAAGUGUCAUCAUUCGCACAGUUGCAGCAGAAGACAUUUCACCCUCCGUCAGCCAGGCAGAACUAAGUGUAGAUUCGGACAUGCAGCCUGUCGAUCUAGCAGACACGCCAACGUCCCUGGAAACAGACACUUUUCCAGAUGACAUCCACCCCUCCAAACUGGCAGGUGAAGAACCAUCUGCUUUCAGUGCGGUCGACUCCUCCAAAUUUGGCAGCAGAAAUAGCCCGGAGCUCAUGGGAAGAGCAGGAGAAGAAAUUCUGAAUACAGAUCUCAAGCGUGAAGAAGACUGUCAGUCAGAUUUGGCUGGCACUUAUGUUUCCGAGGAUCUUGGUUCUCCCACAACAGAAGAACAAGUAGAACAGUCUGCCAUGGAUGGAACGGUUCUGAUUGUGCCUUCUCCCCGUGGCUUUAUCCAGACAUCAGAUGAUAUAGACAAUGAAUCAGUGCUGCCUCUGACAACAUUAACAGAUCCUAUAUUACAACACCAUGGAGAGAAUUCCCAUAUUAUUGGCUCUUCUUUGGAUAGCCCUGGUUCUGAAGACUCAAAGGGUAUGGAAAACUUAGUAAGCUGUCACUGAGGGUGUCCCACGGUCUGUAACUUCUG